AUGGCCGCGAUCAUCCCUCCGUUCCGGUUCACGACGGUCGAGCAUCAGCUGUACCGGGGCGCGUACCCGACGCUGCCCAACUUCCGAUUCCUCCGGCGGCUCAGCCUCAAGACGAUCGUGAGCCUGAUCCCCGAGGAGCCGACGACCGACCUCGCCGCCUUCUGCGCCCACGAGGGCAUUGCCCAGCACACGUUCCGCGUCGAAAAGUACUCGAGCGACUCGGUGACCGUGGCGCCGGCAACGGUGGCAGCCAUUUUGCAGCUGCUUCUCACGAAGGACAACCUGCCGAUGUACAUCCACUGCCUCGACGGCGCCAACGUCGUGGGUAUCGUCGUCAUGGUGCUGCGGAAGCUCCAGAACUGGACCAAGCUCGCGACGCUCCAGGAGUUUUGCCGCUUCACGCGCGACCACAGCAUCGAGAAGGACGAGAGCGAGUUUCUCUCGUCGUAUGCGGCCGAGAUCACGCUGCCGCCGUACAGCCAAGUGCCCCGAUGGCUCUGGAACGGCGUGCGCAUCCAGGCAAGUCGCUUCCUCCUCGCGGCGAUACUCAGCAAUUAG